GGGGAGCCCUGCCUCCUCUCCCUCGCUCAGAUCAAUGCCCUGGCCACUCACUUUCUGAUGUUGCACGACGGGAAAUGCUUUGAAUACUUACGACAUGGCCGCUCACACUGAUUGCCAAGAUUGACAGCACUAACCAUCGCCUUCACUUGUUUGGGGGGGAAGCCCCUAGUCACCCCGUUCCGCGCGCACCUCCUGGCACCCCCGCGGUAAACUUAAGCGGCUCCGCGCUGCCCCCGCCCGCCGCGGGACACCCCCGCUGACUUGAGUUAACGGGGUGCGGGGCCGCGGCGCUGGGGGGUUCUGCUCCCGUGCUCCCCCGGCUGUGCUAAUUGACCUAGCAUCGACUCCCCUCCUUUAUUUUAGUUUAUUUAUUUAUUUUUUUAUUUGUGUGUUUCCCUUUUUCUUUAAUGCCAUUUACUCCCGCGGCGCAGCGCACAAGGAGCCCUCCCGUGCGGUACCAUCCUGGAGUCCUCCCAGAUCAUUUUCAUGAAUUCAAAGGCAAUUUACCAGUGAUUUCUGGGUCCUGGGGCUGACUUUUUGUGCGUAAUUCUCACAGUUUCAUAUAAAUUUAAGUGAAUGAAUUCAUUAAUAAAAGCAGAUUUUCUAUUUUUAAUUCACCUCUGGGCUCUUUUAUACCUUUGGAACACACACGUACAACAAAAGAAGAAUGUCUUCCAAGCAAGCCACCUCUCCAUUUGCCUGUACAGCUGAUGGAGAGGAAGCCAUGACCCAGGAUUUGACCUCAAGGGAAAAGGAAGAGGGCAGUGAUCAACAUGUGGCCUCUCAUUUGCCUCUGCACCCCAUAAUGCACAACAAACCUCACUCUGAGGAGCUACCAACACUCGUCAAUACCGUUCAACAAGAUGCUGACUGGGACAGUGUUCUGUCAUCUCAGCAAAGAAUGGAUUCAGAAAAUAAUAAGUUAUGUUCCCUAUAUUCCUUCCGAAAUACCUCUACCUCACCACAUAAGCCUGACGAAGGGAGUCGGGACCGAGAGAUAAUGACCAGUGUUACUUUUGGAACCCCAGAGCGCCGCAAAGGGAGCCUCGCUGAUGUGGUGGAUACACUGAAACAGAAGAAGCUCGAGGAGAUGACUCGGACGGAGCAGGAGGAUUCUUCCUGCAUGGAAAAACUACUUUCAAAAGAUUGGAAGGAAAAAAUGGAAAGACUAAAUACAAGUGAACUUCUUGGGGAAAUUAAAGGUACACCUGAGAGCCUGGCAGAGAAAGAACGGCAGCUCUCCACGAUGAUUACCCAGCUGAUCAGUUUACGGGAGCAGCUCCUGGCAGCGCACGACGAACAGAAAAAACUGGCAGCCUCACAAAUUGAGAAACAACGGCAGCAAAUGGACCUUGCUCGCCAACAGCAAGAACAGAUUGCAAGACAACAGCAGCAACUUCUGCAACAGCAGCACAAAAUUAAUCUCCUGCAGCAACAGAUCCAGCAGGUUCAGGGUCACAUGCCUCCGCUCAUGAUCCCAAUUUUUCCACAUGACCAGCGGACCCUGGCAGCAGCUGCUGCUGCCCAACAGGGAUUCCUCUUCCCCCCUGGAAUAACAUACAAACCAGGUGAUAACUACCCCGUACAGUUCAUUCCAUCAACAAUGGCAGCUGCUGCUGCUUCUGGACUCAGCCCUUUACAGCUUCAGAAAGGUCAUGUCUCUCACCCACAAAUUAACUCAAGGCUAAAGGGCCUAAGUGACCGUUUUGGCAGGAAUUUGGACACCUUUGAACAUGGUGGUGGCCACUCUUACAACCACCAGCAGAUUGAGCAGCUCUACGCCGCUCAGCUGGCCAACAUGCAGGUGUCACCUGGAGCAAAGAUGCCAUCAACUCCACAGCCUCCAAACACAGCAGGGGCAGUCUCACCUACUGGGAUAAAAAAUGAAAAGAGAGGGACCAGCCCUGUAACUCAAGUUAAGGAUGAAGCAGCAGCACAGCCGCUGAAUCUCUCAUCCAGACCCAAGACAGCAGAGCCUGUAAAGUCCCCAACAUCUCCCACCCAGAGCCUCUUCCCAGCCAGCAAAACCAGCCCUGUCAACUUGCCAAACAAAAGCAGCAUCCCCAGCCCCAUUGGAGGAAGCCUGGGAAGAGGAUCCUCUUUAGGUAAAUGGAAAAAUCAACACCCGGAAGAGACUUAUGAAUUAGAUAUCUUGUCCAGUCUCAACUCCCCUGCCCUCUUUGGAGAUCAGGAUACAGUGAUGAAAGCCAUUCAGGAGGCUCGGAAGAUGCGAGAACAGAUCCAGCGGGAGCAGCAGCAGCAACAGCCACAUCCUGUGGACGGGAAACUGUCCUCCAUGAAUAACAUGGGGCUGAACAACUGCAGGAAUGAAAAGGAAAGAACACGCUUCGAGAAUUUGGUGCCCCAGUUAUCAGGAAAGUCAAGUGAAGAUGGAAAGCUGGGCCCUGGUGUCAUCGACCUUACUCGGCCAGAAGAUGCAGAGGGAAGUAAAGCAAUGAAUGGCUCUGCAGCUAAACUACAGCAGUAUUAUUGUUGGCCAACAGGAGGUGCCACUGUGGCUGAAGCUCGAGUCUACAGGGACGCUCGCGGCCGGGCCAGCAGUGAGCCACACAUCAAGCGACCAAUGAAUGCGUUCAUGGUUUGGGCAAAGGACGAGAGGAGGAAAAUCCUUCAGGCCUUCCCUGACAUGCAUAACUCCAACAUUAGUAAAAUCUUAGGAUCUCGCUGGAAAUCCAUGUCGAAUCAGGAGAAGCAACCUUAUUACGAAGAGCAGGCCCGGCUAAGCAAGAUCCAUUUAGAGAAGUACCCAAACUACAAAUACAAACCCCGGCCAAAACGCACCUGCAUUGUUGAUGGCAAGAAGCUCCGGAUCGGGGAGUAUAAGCAACUGAUGAGGUCUCGGCGACAAGAAAUGAGGCAGUUCUUUACUGUGGGGCAGCAGCCUCAGAUUCCAAUCACCACAGGAACAGGUGUUGUGUAUCCCGGUGCUAUUACUAUGGCAACUACCACCCCGUCACCUCAGAUGACAUCUGACUGCUCUAGCACCUCUGCCAGCCCAGAGCCCAGCCUGCCGGUCAUCCAGAGCACUUACGGAAUGAAGACAGACAGCGGAAGCCUAGCCGGAAACGAGAUGAUGAACGGAGAGGAUGAGAUGGAGAUGUAUGAGGACUACGAGGAGGACCCCAAAUCGGACUAUAGCAGUGAAAACGAAGCCCCGGAGGCUGUCAGUGCCAACUGAGGAGUUCCGUUUGCUGAAUGAAAAUACUCUGACAUUUCAUCCCCCUCCCCAACAAAAGUUCUUAAAGAGCCCGCAUGCAUUUGUGGCUCCACAAUAACAUCAGCAGAAUGGUCUUAAUUGUUUCGUAAAGUGUGAGACAGAUUAAGUUUUCCCUGAUUUUUCAUGAACUUGAGUUUUUUGUCGUUAUUGUUAUUGUUGUUGUUGUUUUUUAAUUUAGGUGAAGACAUAUUAAAUAUGAGACACCAGGACUUGAAAACUUAUCUCAACCCAUAGCUGUCUUACAAGUCUUAUAUUUUUGUCUUACUUUUUUUUUUUUUUUUCUUUUGGAUGUUGAUAAAGGUUUAAGUUACUGUUUUAGAUGGGGUUAAACAUUCUCACUCAGGUAUGCUGUGCCGGCCUACAGGUUGUGAAUGUGUUUUUAUUCUGAAUUACUUUAGAAAACAACUGAGGAAUUCGUGUUGUGAAGCAGGACAAGUCCAUGGCGUGUGCAGCUGCAUGUAGAACAUAUUAAAAAGGCCUCGGAAUUCCAUUUUUUUCUUUCCACAUGUAGAGUUAAACUUUGAAUGUGCCAAACUUUUUCGUAACUUUUGAAUCUUAAUAUUUUGAAAGUCUUAAAGGAGACACUGCAAAGUCUUAGACAAUCUUGGCAUCUUAAAAUAAAAUAGCAAACCACACUUUUUUUUUUCCAGAACAUGGUAAAGUACUCAGGAAUCUGGAGACAAGAUAUUGUAAGGAACGAACCAGGUUGCCACAGUGCAUGUCCCAGUUGUGUUUGCCUCUUGACGUGCCAUCAGUGUGUGGCGUGUAUGACACACACACACACACACCAGAGCCAUCCCCUCACCAGACCCCCACGUGCGGUCUUCUCCGCCCAGACCGCCUCUCACUACAUCCACGAUCCCUUUGCCUUUCACCCUGACAUUCAGUCUUAAUGCAUUUUUCUCUUAAGUAAUUUAUUCAUUCCAGAAUGUCAAGGGUCCACUUAAUAUUUAUUUAAAAACAAAUUGUUGGUGGCAUUAAUUUAAAGAUUCUUGUUUUCACCCCACUUCCCGAAAGAACUUUUUGUCCCUUGUCACUUCCUUCUCUGGCUAGACACAAAAGAUGUACAUAGUGAUUUUAUGUCCCCAGAGCAUCUGGAUGCAUUUCUGAAAUGAGAUACUAUUAAAUACCUGUAUUAUUGCUUACUUCAAAAUGAAUAUCUAUCUAUCUGGCUGCAGGGCUAUGCACUUAGGUCUACAGGUAUGCUCUGAGGUUCACUGUGCCCUCAAAUCUUUUGCCAGAAUUUUCCCCCCUAAUUCAGUUUGAUUGUAUCAGUGGCAUUUCCCCUGAGUUCCAAUCAGUAGCAAAGGUCAGCAGUGGUUGACUGAUGGGCAGGACAGUUCUGUAGCCAAGAAUGAAGCCCAGAGCUUGUGGGACAUGUAGGAGUCUACAGGGAAGCUAUCACGGGCUGGCACCUUGACACCGUGCAGCCUUGACCCAACUUGCAGGUCCUGGGAAUUCUUUGCCAAAUCCUGGUAAGUAAGAAGGCACGCGAGAGCCUCAAAGCAAAGAUGGAGAUGAACAGUGAGAAUACAUCCAGAGAAUGAAAGAAAACCAUAGGGAAGGAGAAGGGGGGAAGUACAUUCCCUAUGGGGCACGUUCCUACUGUUAACUCUGGAUGACAGAUAGUGCCUGGGGCAGCAUACCAGCUCCUCUGACUGCCUCCCUGUCUCUGUGGCUUCAUGGGGGACAAGCCUACACAUAACCAAGACAAAUAGCACUUGGGACCCAAGGAGCAUUCUGGAGACCUGCAGCUGGGGUGGGAGGCAGUGAGGUUCCAUCCCCCAUCUCCAAUCUACAGAAAACUCUAGGCCGCCAUUGGGAUCUUCUUGACCCCAGGACUGGUUGUCCAGGGACACCUCACUUGCCCAGAGUGGUUUGGUGGAGAGCACCAGUUCACAGGACAGUUCACCUCAUGGGACAACCCAGAAUCUCAUCACCAGGACAUAGGAACAGCCCCAUCAGAUUUCUUGAGCCAUUUUGUCACUUGGAAGAAAAUUGUAUACCUUCAUAUUUAUUUAAAGAGUGCUCCAGGCCAUACCUAAUAGCAAUAAAUAGGUUUAGCCAAAAUGUCACUAGCUGUGUCAUUAGCUGGGAGUGCUCUUUAUAAGCUGUUUAAGGUACUGAUAGGAAUGUUUUAUUCUUAAUAUUGAUUGGGGAUUGGAACUUUGUUCUUGUACAUUUAUUUCAAAUGAGGACGAGGUUUUUUUUUUUCUAAAAAAAAUGAGUAUUUAUUGUGUCUUACCGAUUUCUUUGAUUAUAUACCUCUCCUCAGUUCAGUCUCAUGUUUUUUCUCUUUCCCUUUGGCUUUGCUCUCUUGCUCCUUUUUACUGUGUUGCCUAGGUAGAGUGUUGUAUGGCUAGCAUUGUAUUGUAUGUAAUUAAUUUUGCACAAAGGCGAACAUUUAGCAUAGUAGGUUAAUUUUGUUUGUUUUUAUGACCAUGCCAAAAUAAUAUUCUGGGCUGUCGGAGAACAAAGGACUGUUCUUUAGGACUGAAACUUGAUUUUGCUUGUAGUAAGAAAAAGAAAAAAAAAAACACACACACUCACAGAUGUUGUUUCGUAAGUGUUAUAAGCACUGGAUAUAAAUGGUAUUUUUUAUCACUUCUGACUAAUGUGAAACUGUUGUACGAAAACUACACGAACAAAAGUCAUCUGUUUCGACUCGUGUGGGCUUGCCUCACAGUUGCCGGAUUUGAGUCAUUUUUAUGUCUUGUUAUUUCAUUUAUUUAUGCAAAAUACAUGUGUGUAUGAAUACUUUGUUUUAGCUCCAGCUCUGCCUCAGUACUGGGGUUCAAUAACUUGUAGCCAUGUUCUUAAAAAUGAAAGGCUAUUCAGGAACGAUCUGAUUGUAAACACCUCUCUCAUUGGCUCAGAUAGUAAUGCUGUAUUUGAAUCUAAAUUUUGUGCAUAUGCAGUGUAUUUUAUUUAUUAGCCAAGAUGGCUCUAAAUAUCCAUGGAAAUUAAGAAUGACAAUCAUAGGGAUCACUUCAUUUUGUUUUCAGUGGGGCUUAAACAAAGUUUUUAUGACUUUACCAUCUCAUGUUAGAUUUUUCUAAUUGUGUAAAUAUAACAUAGAAAUAGAAUUUAUUUUUGGUUCACAAAUACUUAGUAAGAUAUAAGUUAUGUAUUUCCUUUUUGUUUUCUAUUCAUUUGUGUUGGUCCGAACUAAAAAUUGACAAGUCACUGCACUUGCUGGGGACAGCGAGCCGUCAGCCACCAUGAAGGCAGCAUUUGUCCUGCAAAACCUUUUCUUUGGACUCUCAUGCAGCAUAGAACCCGUUGCCCACAGACUUGGAUUUUUCCCUUUUUCUCUUCUAGAAAACUAAUGAAUUGAACAUAGUAAAUUUCCAGUACAGGCAAGACAGUUUGCUUUGAGAAUUCACAUAAAUCUUCUGAGAUCGUUCUGUGACCCUUUAAUAGCAAGAAGCAUGAAUGCCGUUUUAUAGGCAGACAUCUGCCUCUGAGGUUGGCCAUUAAUAAAAAUCCCACCAUGCCAGUUACAAUGAAAACACUAACCUUUCUUCAGUGCUCCCUAUUUCAUAGUAUCUUUAAAUUAGAGAUUAAAAACUAUCUUCAUUCAAGAAUUUACAAGAUCAGGGUUUUCUUUGUCACUUGGAAUAGGGACACUGGUAGACAAUCUUCUCCUUAAAAGAAAAAAGAAAUGGACUGUAUGGAAUAGGAAAGAAGGAGAAAAGGGGAAGAGGAAGAGGAAGGAAAUGCUCCUCUGUGGGCACUGGUGCCAGGGCCAGCCAUGUCUCUACUUCACUGGCAGAUUCCAGCAGUGUCCUUUGUUGUUUUCCUGAGUACCAGCUCAGCCCUUCAGGAGCACAUCAAAUUGCUUCAUUUGGUAUCCGAUGCCCUCCAGCCUUGACUGCAGGCCUGACUUUAUUUUUCAGGGUCCUAACACCAACUCACAGGCCAAGUUCUAAAUUAAGGUAUAGGCUCACAAUACUAGGGAACGUGUCCAAUUCUGACCUCCCCAGGACAAGAGUACCGCAGGACCCUGAGGUGUUCGGAAAGGAUCUGAUCAUUCUAGGACUGACACAGAAGGCUGUUUUCUUUACAUGUGAAGCCAGGCUUUCUCGAAGCUUGCCUGUCCUGAGCCACAAGCCCAGGCAUGAGCUGAAAGCAGGGACCGUGUCAGGGAAGCCCAUCUCCCUCAGGAAGAAGGCAGCCUGGGGUCAUCUGAACAACAUAGCUGAAGCUGCUGCUCUCCAUGUACUCGUUUUGCAAAGAACUGACCUCUACCAACUUGCUAGGGAAAGGCUAAAGAAUCACUUCAUAGUUUCAAACCAUGAGAGGAGUCCUGUACCAAGUGCCAACAACUGCAAAGAAAUGCAGCUAGAAGAAUGUAUUGAAAUUAUUACUGGGUCUUCCAUUUUAACGAGAAAGUGACACACACACACACAAAAAAAAGGUUGCUGUAGCCUUGACUGAUGUGCACAUUUGUCCAAGGAUUGAGUUGGCACUUAAGCUUGCUUCUCGAAGUAUAAUAAUAUUCUAUGACCUCAUUUGUCCUUUGACAAAGCACUUGCACCAUUUCCUUGCGUCCUGCCCUUGACCUGUUUUAUUCCUCAAUAAACAACUUCUGUCUGUUAUUCCUGCCGACCACGUUCUGUUUCUGCUGCCAUACACUACCCAGCAUGUCCCUGUGCUAGAAUCAUUGAAAAUCUUGAUAUACAAACACAUUUCCUUUUCAUCCUUGGCCCAUCUCUUUCUUUGGGGAUAGAUGGCUUUCUAAAAGCUCCUGAACAAGAAUGUGGAAUGCUGGCACCACCACCAGGGGAGAGGUAGAGGAGGGUGGGGAAGGAGGGAGGUAGCGUUCCCUGCGGAUACUCUGCUACCUUGAGUUCUUGGCACUAGGGAUGCUUUAAGGCAACUCAGUGGUGUAUCUUGCUCAGCAGUUUCUCAUUCCUGAAGAACCACAGCAGAAAGUGAGGCCUCAGUGCUGGUGCUCUUAGAGUGUGGGAAAUGUGCAAAUAUUUAACUGUUGUGUAUGCUGCACAUUGCAGGUCUGCUCGCGUGCAUUCUCCGUUUGUCUCCCUCUAUCAUAUGUGUUUUUGCUUUUCUGAAAGUGCAGUCUAUUGUGCCCUUCUCCAGCUUGUAGCAGACUAGAAUGCUUAGCAUUUAUGUUCAUUCAUUAUUGUAUUUGCCAUGUAAAAUUUUUAUUAUCCUAGAUGAGCUUAUAAGCUGUUACUACAUAACUUAUCUUACUGUAACUCUUUUAUUUCCCGACAUUGUAAUUUGUUUGUGAUGUAUAUUGUGAGAUUGUAUUCUAUGUUAAUUUAAUCAGCAUAAUUCACUGACAUGCUGGACUGACAUGCUGGCUGCUGUUUCAAAGUGUAAAGUUUGUGUAGGGCUGUUGGGACGACUACAACUCCAUUGUCAAGGUACUGUGCUUUGGUUCCUAUAGCAACACUGUGGGUGUGGCCCUUCAGACUCUAGGGACAUUUAAUACACCCUCAAGCAAAUUUUAACUGCAGAUUUUCUUUGUAGAAAUUCUAUGUAUAACCGCAGGUACCUACUUGGCCCAUGGCUGGUAACUAUUUGGGCAAUUAGAAAAAAAAA